UGGUGUCGGCAGUCUGCUGCGGGACCAGGACAGACAGCUGAAGAGAGGGGGGGGUUGGAUGUGAAUGUCCGACCGGGACAAACCGUGGACCACCGCGAACUCACGCGCGCGACUCACAGUUCAACAGGUUGGCAGUGCUAGACAGGACAUAGUUGCUACUACUGGUGGUUUGCCAGUGGUUUGCCUUUGCGUAUUUGUGGCAGCUGGAAGGAAAGAAGAGCAAAGGAGGACCUGGCUAUGGUCACAACUAUGGACGAUCCCUGUCGGAAUGGGGUGCAGGAGGAGGUAAUGCCCUCUGGACAACCUGCCACGGAGAGGCCCCCAGCUGUGCAGUCCUCUCAGGGAGCAGAGACAUCUGGAGCAACGCAGCAGGAUAAUGUUGGCGAGGGGCCUACGUCCACAGGCGUGAAAGACAUCGACCUGCUUUUUCUGCGCGGCAUCAUGGAAAGUCCAAUUGUACGCUCCCAUCCUCAGGCUCAGGAGCAGCAGGAAGAUGUCAAGCUAGAAGCGGUGCAGGAUAACAACAUGGAGCUGGUGACGGAGAUCUUGGGCGACAUCAGCAACCUCAAGGUGAAAGAUGACAGCGCGACUGAACUGUCGAAGAUCCUGCAGGAGCCGCACUUCCAGUCCCUUUUGGAGGCACACGACAUGGUGGCAUCAAAAUGCUAUGAUGUGCCCCCACCGGCUGAGACGGCCAACGACGCAGCGGUCAACAGCGCGCUCAUGCAGGCCGACGCCGUCCGCAUGAUCGGCAUUCGAAAGAAGGCUGGCGAGCCACUGGGCGUGACCUUUCGUGUAGAAAAAGAUGACCUGGUCAUCGCCAGGAUCCUGCAUGGCGGCAUGAUCGACAGGCAAGGCCUGCUCCACGUGGGUGACAUCAUUAAAGAGGUGAAUGGCAAGGACGUCGGCAACAACCCCACAGAGCUGCAGGAGAUGCUGAAAAACUGCAGCGGAGGCAUCACGCUGAAGAUCCUCCCCAGCUACAGGGAUGCUCCUGCACCUCCACAGGUGUAUGUGCGGCCAUACUUUGACUACGAUCCAGCCAGUGACAACCUGAUUCCCUGUCGAGAGGCGGGAAUGGCUUUUAAGAGAGGCGACAUCCUUCAGAUUGUCAACAGAGAGGAUCCCAACUGGUGGCAGGCGUGCCAUGUAGUGGGUGGUGCCACAGGACUAAUACCCAGUCAGUUCUUGGAGGAGAAGAGAAAAGCGUUUGUCCCUAGAGACUUUGAUGGAUCAGGAAUUCUCUGUGGCACCUUGGCAGGGAAGAAAAAGAAGAAGAUGAUGUACUUAACAGCCAAGAAUGCAGAGUUCGACAGACACGAGUUGCAGAUCUAUGAGGAAGUAGCCAAAGUCCCUCCAUUCCAGAGAAAGACGCUAGUCCUGAUUGGUGCUCAGGGGGUGGGCCGACGCAGCCUGAAGAACAGACUGAUGGUCCUCCACCCCACACGCUUUGGCACCACUAUACCAUAUACGUCACGGAGGCCCCGUGACGAGGAGCUAAACGGCAACACCUACCACUUUACCUCGCGGACAGACAUGGAGGCGGACGUGAAGGCCGGUCGCUUCCUGGAACACGGCGAGUAUGACGGCAACCUGUAUGGCACAAAGAUCGACUCCAUACACGAGGUGGUCGCCGCGGGACGCACCUGCAUCCUGGACGUUAACCCCCAGGCGUUGAAGGUACUGAAGACAGCAGAGUUCAUGCCCUACGUGGUUUUCAUUGCAGCGCCUGAUUUUGACACACUCAAGGCCAUGCACAAAGCAGUGGUGGAUGCAGGGCUCACAACAAAGCAGCUCACGGACGUGGACCUGAGGAAGACCGUGGAUGAGAGCGCCCGUAUCCAGAGGGCUUACAACCACUACUUCGACCUGACCAUCGUCAACGACAACCUGGACAAAGCCUUCGAGACGUUACAGGCCGCUGUGGACAAACUGUGCUCCGAGCCUCAGUGGGUCCCAGUGAACUGGGUGUAUUAAGGACUAGAACCGGCGCUUCCACAAACCGUAGAGUUUUCCGACAACGAAGAGGAUACGAGGGAGGAGAUACUACUGAAUGAUAAUAUCCGAUUGCUCCUUCUCCCCCUAGACCUGCACACUGUGCAACUCCUUUUCUAUUCCAAACUCAAAGGGAAAGAGUGCUUAUGUAUUUUAUAACAUUUUUUAUGACAAAUCUUUAUAUCCCAAGUGGAAUCAAUUCAAACAUAUUGUCAUGUGCUUUGGGCCAGUUGUUUUUACUUUUCCAUUUAAUUUAUUGUUGUAGUUUUUAGUAUCGUGGAUGGUUUUGUAUCGCCAGUCCUUCUUCCAUGAUGUGAAGGAUUCGUCGGCACCAAAGCUCCAGAACGAAGUGGAUCUUUGAGCAGUCGUUGCCGUGUCUGAACAACCACUGCAGCCAUUUUGUCUCCACCUGAAUCUUUGGUUAUUUUUUAAGUAGCCGUCAUCAUCUCAUCACUUCACGUCGUCCAGAUGGAUCAAGGACUCGACGCUCCUCCUGCUGCCAAGAAGGAAAACACUUUGAGUUCCUUUUUCAAAGGGCAAACACUUGGUUUUGUCUAGAUGUGUCAUUUUAUUUUCUAUCAGUCUGGUGAUUAAUAGUGUGUAGUUUAAUCCGAUGUGAUCCUCGGAUUUAUUUUACGUGUGUCACUUUGUCAUCGCCCAGUCCUCACAAGCCAACCUGUUUGUUGUAUUUUUGUAAACGUGUCCUUAUGUUCAGUGUCAUUGAAUGUCAAAGCUCCUUACCAAACCCCCAAUCUGACUGAAACUGAUGCAACGUCCAACAAGCACCCAAGCAAAGCCAAAACAGCAAAGCUGUAGCAUCAUUCUUCUACACAUUUCAUUGUUAAAUAUCAAAUAAACCCUUUUUUUAAAAGAUAUUUGCUUGCACUUUAGGUAAGAAAGAUAAAUUACCUCAUGUUGAUGUUUCUUACAGUAAAUGUAAUUUUUCACAAUCUUAAGUUUUAUUUGCGUCUGCCCGGCUGCGUGAUUGAAAUUUCCCCACAUCAACCCACUGUGUUUUUACAUUUUUAUUUGUAAAGUUCUAAUUAAUAAAGUUUAUCAAAUCGUAA